UGUUUCCUAGUCCUCUGGAGGGAACACCAGGGCCUGUGGGACCUGAACGGUGUCUGCCAGAAAGAAGUCAAAGGUGGAUUUUAAGUGAAACCCGACAACCCUCCAGUUGUAUCUGGAGAAAGACGAAGACCACCUGAUUUCAGCAAACAUGGAUGGAACACCCACCUGUGACCAGUGUGGAAAGACUUUCUCCACAAAGAGUGGGCUUGUGGAACAUCAACGCGUCCACACCGGAGAACGACCAUAUGGCUGUGACCAGUGUGGGAAAGCUUUCACUAGAAAGGAUGGGUUGAAAAAACACCUACUCACCCACACUGGAGAAAGACCUUUUAGCUGUGAUGAGUGUGGGAAGACUUUCACCAGAAUGAGCGGGCUUGAGAAGCACUUACUCAUCCACAGGGGAGAAAGACCAUAUGGGUGUGACCAGUGUGGGAAGACUUUCACACAAAUGAGUGGGCUUAAGACACACCAGCGCAGACACACAGGAGAAAAACCACAUAGUUGUGACUAUUGUCAAAAGGCUUUCACCACAGCAGGUCAAUUAAAAAUUCACCAACGCAUCCACACUGGAGAAAGACCAUACAUUUGUUUCCAGUGUGGGAAGUCUUUCAUCCAAUUGAGUGCGUGUAAAAUCCACCUACUUACCCACACUGAACAAAGACCAUAUGGGUGUGACCAGUGUGGGAAAACUUUCACCCAAAUGAGUUUGCUUCAAGGCCAUCUACGCAUCCACAGAGGAGAAAGACAAUAUCGCUGUGAUGAGUGUGGGAAGACUUUCACCAGAAUGAGUGGCCUUGAGAAGCACUUACGCAUCCACAGGGGAGAAAGACCAUAUGGGUGUGACCAGUGUGGGAAGACUUUCACCCAAAUGAGUGGACUUAAGACACACCAACGCAUCCACACAGGAGAAAAACCACAUAACUGUGACUUUUGUCAAAAGGCUUUUGCCACACCAGGUCAAUUAAAAAGUCACCAACACGUCCACACUGGAGAAAAACCACAUAGCUGUUACCAGUGUGGGAAGGCUUUCCCCAGAGCAACUGACUUAAAAAUUCACCAACGCAUCCACACUGGGGUGAAACCUUACACCUGCGACCAGUGUGACAAGGCUUUUAUUAGAGCAAGUGACCUUAAUAGUCAUCGCAUCACCCACUCUGGAGAAAAGCGGCAUGUCUGUUACCAGUGUGGGAAGACUUUCACCAGAAUGAGUGGCCUUGAGAAGCACCUACGCAUCCACAGGGGAGAAAGACCAUAUGAGUGUGACCAGUGUGGAAAGACUUACACCCAAAUGAGUGGGCUUACAUACCACCUACGCGUCCACAGAGGAGAAAGACCACAUGUCUGUUACCAGUGUGGGAAGGCUUUUAUCACAACAGCUUACUUAAAGAUCCAUGAACGCAUCCACACUGGAGAAAGACCAUAUGGGUGUGACCAGUGUGGGAAGACUUUCAUCCAAAAGAAUGGGCUUAAAAACCACCUGUGCAUUAAAAGCUGUGAAAGCCCAUACCCCUUUGACCAGUGUCGUAAGGCUUUCAAAACCUUGACUACAUCACAUUCUCACCGCCGUAAGUACCAUAAGAAGGUGAUGUAUAAAUGUGAUUUGUGCACAAAGGUACUCUGGUCGUCCACGUCUUACAAGUUUCAUCUACGGAUCCAUACUGGAGAGAAACCCUAUCAGUGCAGAUUCUGUGACAAGUUUUUUGUUGCAGUUUCACGUCGUACCAAACAUGAACGUCUCCAACAUAUCCGCAAAGGACAAAAACUGUACAGUUUCAUCAAAAGUGAGACUCUAGAAACUAUUGGAAUAAGUCAGGAUCACAACACAUCAGAACCAUUUCAGUGUUACCAAUUUGACAAAAGGUUCUCGUCAUCAUCUGAUCUUGCCUGUCACCAGCACAGAUGUGAAUCAACAUCUGGAUUAACAAGUACCUCAGCGUCAGUUGACGAGAAGACAUGCAGUGUGUUUGAACCACCAGCACUGACUUCUGACAAGAACAUCAGACUUAAAAACCUCCAGAUCAGGCUUCACAGAAUCCAGAUGUGAAGACAAACACUAGACUGAAAGCUGUUUCAUUGUUCUCAUAUUAAG